UAACAGUAUUGCAAUUGGCAACGAGUCAAGUACGAGCGAGAGAAGUGAUCAAAAAAUGGCAUCCGCGCCGUCGUCGCACAAUGAGGUUUCCCAGGAAUUUUCUGUCAACAAACUUAUCCGUGUCGGUUAUUACGAGUUGGAGAAAACUAUUGGUAAAGGAAAUUUUGCCGUUGUUAAAAUGGCUACCCACGUCGUAACGAAAUCUAAGGUUGCUAUAAAAAUAAUAGAUAAAACUAAACUAAACGAGGAAAACUUAGCAAAAAUUUUUCGUGAAGUACACAUAAUGAAAAGGUUACGGCAUCCACACAUUAUAAGACUGUACCAAGUAAUGGAAACGGAGAAAAUGAUAUAUUUAGUGACAGAAUAUGCUCCUGGAGGUGAAAUAUUUGAUCAUCUUGUUCGAAAUGGUAGAAUGCCAGAGCCAGAAGCACGAAGAAUUUUCCGUCAGAUUGUACUUGCCGUUCGUUAUCUGCAUCAACAAAGAGUAGUUCAUCGAGAUCUUAAGGCUGAAAAUUUGUUACUUGAUGCAGACAAUAAUAUAAAACUUGCUGAUUUUGGCUUUAGUAAUGAAUAUACACCUGGUGUUCCACUUAGUACGUGGUGUGGUUCACCGCCGUAUGCUGCACCUGAAAUUUUUGAAGGAAAGCAUUAUGAUGGUCCAAGAGCUGAUGUAUGGAGUCUCGGCGUUGUCUUAUAUGUGUUAGUUUGUGGUGCUCUACCAUUUGACGGACCUACAAUGCAAUUGUUACGAUCUGUAGUUGUCUCAGGGAAAUUCAGAAUACCAUUUUUUAUGUCUGCAGAUUGUGAAAAAUUGAUUAGACACAUGUUGGUAGUAGAACCAGAGCGGCGUUUAAGUAUUUCACAAAUCUUAUCUCAUUCAUGGAUGAGUGAAGAUGGAGUAAUAGAAUUAGAACCUGGAGGGUGUAGUCCUGAUGUAAGCGUACCACCACCAUUAAAUCAAUUAGUAAUAGAAAAUAUGUUAAGAUUGCCUGGACUCAGCGCAGAUACGUUAUUACAAACUAUUAAAGGAAAUGCUUUCGACCAUGUAUCAGCUAUAUAUAAUUUACUUGUUGAUCGAUUAGAACCAACAAUGCCUAAUUUACCCAGUAUCCAAAGUAUACCAGGUGAUUAUUUGCCAGAUGGUGCGCAUCAGUUAGAGAAGUUUGGUGAAGCUGAAGCAGAAACAGAAGAAAAAAGUGGUCUUUAUUUGCCAUCUGGAACACCUUAUCAUACAACAAGAAGACAUACAGUUGGACCUGGUGAUGCGGUGCAUCAAUCUCCUUCAUCAUAUCCUUACAAUCACAUGUCAGGCUAUCAAACUUUACGGCCUCUUCCUAUUCUCCAGUGUAAUAUGGAUCCUCAAGUUUUACCACAUACCAAUUUACCAUUAAAUCUUCCCUUAGUUCAACAUCAACCACCACAAAAUUUCCAAAUAAAGGAUCAACAUUUGUUGAAGCCACCUCCUGUUAUGGGCGCCACCGGAGGCUUUGGUAGAAGAGCUUCAGAUGGUGGAGCAAAUCUUCACAUAUUUCAUCAACAACACAAUAGUAACACUAAUAAUGAUGAAGAUGGUGGCUGGAGUCAACCUGGUAGUAGGGAACAAUUACAGCCGUUACAGAGCGGUAGUUCAGGAUUAGUACAAUGUGCUCAGUCAUUAAAUGUUGCUGUCAGUACCGCAACUGGAGAUGGGAGUAAUAACAGCAGUAGUAGUAAUAGUGGAAAUAGCGAUAGAAGAAGAAGGAGUGGCCUUAGCGCUGUUAUGCAGCGACCAGUUAUAAACCCGGAACUGGUAAUGGAGGUAGAAGCUAGGAUGAAUAGAGCUUAUCUACCAUCGCGACUGUUACCAAACCUUAGAGGAUCAACACUUCCACACCACAGGAAAUCUUCAUUAUAUCAUACUAGUACUGUAAGUAAUAGGGAUUCGUAUAAGGAACCAAGUAGCCAUGUUGCUACUGAAAGGUAUUCACCUGUUCGUCGGGCAUCAGAAGGAUCAGGUGCUCCUGGGCCAGGCAUCCAAGCACUACAACAAGAAUAUCAACAAUUACAGAGAUUAGCAUCACCUUCACAUAGUCCUGCGAGUAUUCCUGGUUCUCCUGUACACGAAAGAGGUGUAGCAGCAAUCACGCAAGGUCUCAGUGGUUUAACUACGACAUCGGGUAGUAUUGUACAUGGUACGCCGGCACAGCCACCGGCCACACCUUUAGAUUUAAGUCCACUUAGACAUCAUAGAUCACCUGCGACCACUCCUGUGAGUUACUCUCCCAGCAAUAGCCCAGCAUUGGAUAUGAUACAAGAAGAACAUCCUGUAGAAAUAUCAAGGGUACCACCACAAAUUUCGGUGACGGAUGUUCUUGGAGGACAAGUGACGUUAAUUAGUUGUUCGCCUUCUCCAUCUCCAUCGCCAGAUUCACUCGAAGAUGCAUUACCUCAUUACAAUACUCUUCCGAGUUUUAUCAUUUCAGAGCCAUGCGAUCCUUCGAGACCUAGUAUAACACGCGGUAUCGGUAGGCCGCAUAAUACAAUACCUACCGAAGUCGAGGUUCCUCUAUCUGAUGAGUCUAGCAGAUUAAAUUCCGAAGCUAUAUUAGGUCGUGUCAAACAAAUAAUAGACGCGAGAGCGCCGCCAAAAGGUUUUAUAUUUUCACGAGAAGAGGUGGACGGUAGCGGACUUAGUUUAGAAUAUCCAGGCGGUGUACAAAUCGAACUUAGGGUAUGCGAAUCGGAAGAAAGAGAAGCGAAGGGAAUAAAAAUGCGUAGGAUUAGCGGGGACCAAUUGCAAUAUAGUCAACUUUGUCAGCAAUUGAUUUCAUGUAUUACUGUUUGACGACAACCAGCAUAUAACAUAAUAUGUUUUUAUAUAUUACGUUACAUUCCUAGUGUAACAUACACUAUUCAUCACAGUAUUGCAAAUGCUGCAUAUACACAAAUGGUAUUUUAAAAAUUACCAUCUUUCAUAUAUAUAAUAACAUUACUGUGUUAUUAUAUUCGUGUAACAUUUAAUGUAUUAUACGUUUUUUAGUGUUUGUUUCGAGAGAUAAGAUAGGAGCCGUCUUAUUUAUAAUAUGAAAUUGUAUAUAAGGAGAUAUAUUAGUUAUAUGUAUAUUCAUAUCUUCUGAAACAUUGAAAUAUUAUAUGCAUGUUUAAUAAUUCCCAAAAAUAUAAACGGUUUAUUUCCUUUAUUUUUUAACAGUAGCAGGUAUAUGAACUCGUUAAAUGUUGAAAGAUUUCAAUGAAAAUUUGUUCAUUACAAUAUAGAAAUUGAUAAUAGCACCCAGUGUAGAUGCAAAGAACUACUUAUUGAUUCGUCCAUCUUACAUAUAAUCAAUUUGCAUUAGUUCAAUGUAUGUACACUUAGUGCUAUUUAGAUUACAUAAAUAAAUUGUAAAAAAAUUAUAAAGUUUAUUUGUAAUAUUUCUUUUUAACAAAUAUAUUUUUAACGUUAGAGACAUAUGCAUAUAGACAAUUUCAAGUUUUAUAAUUUAUAUUACCGAAUUAUUUGUUAACUUGAUUACACAAGGAAAUAGGAAAUGAGAAGAAUGUAAUUUAUAAUUAGAUAAAUAUAAACAUUACAAUUCUCUUUCUUUGUGCCACGUACAAUUUAUGAGCAGAUUUAUAUAACAUAAAAUGAUCUUAUUGUAAAUAGUUAUAAAAGAUGUCAUUGUUUACGUUAAACAAAAAUAAAUGACAAAAAUGCAUUGAGUUGCGUUGUGUAUAUGUUGCAGUAAAAACUCAGUAAUUGUAUACACUUACUAUUAUAGUAAAUGUUUACAUUAAAAUCGAAUUGAAUUAGGUAAAAGAUAAAAAUUGAACAUUUUUACCUAUUAUUAUUAGCAAAUAUACAUUUACUUAUAAAUAAUUCAGUUAAAAAUCAUACUUGAUAAAUAUACAUUCUAUACGAAUCGUAAAUCUUGUUAUGGUAUAUUAUAUAAUUGAAUUACAUGUGUGCAAUGUGAUAUUUUUUAUUUAAUUGAAAUAAAAGAACAAAUGCGGUUGUUUUUUUAAAUAUUUAAACUUUUUUGCAGUUUUUUUUCAUUAAGAAGUGGUCUAGAUGUUUAGAAAAGUGAUGAUUAGUUGAUAUGAGAUUCGGUGACGAUAUAGUAGAUGAGAAAGAAUCUCAAACUGUAAAUCGUUUAAUUUUAUGUUGUUAUCAAGACUAUUGUUAUCAAGAUGUAUGAUCGAGCAUUAUCGUGAAGCUGUAUUCCUGACAUGAAAUUUUGCAUAAAAAUUAUAAUCUGCAAUUAUGUAAAUUACAAAAAUAAAUGCAGAAAUAUGAACUUUUUAUAAAAUAUUAA